ACGCAGCAUCCGUCACCAGUGACUUUUGGCGCGAGUCGGUCUCCUCGGUGCUGCAGUGGAAAGUAAAUUUCUGAACCAAGUGAGUGACCAACACUAACCAGGACAUCAGUUAUAAGGUCUUUCCCCUAUUUUAUUUGGUGAAUUUCUUCGUAUAGCUAAUACAAACCGUAGCUGUUUUUUCUGAGCAACCAUAAUGAGGAGACAAGAAAACCAGCCAGCCAGGCCCACAGAAGGCUGCCUCUCUGUGCCGCUGUUUAACCAGAAGAAAAGAAACAGAGUUCCUUUGACAUCAGCUCCGUCCGAGAAUGAAUUCUUUUCCCACACUGAAUACAUGGCAAGCACCAGCUCGGCUACAUCUCACAGCACAUCAGGUCCCUAUGGAUGUUAUCAGGCCUCAGGUCCCUCUUCUGGUGCUCCUCGAAGUCACCAGUGGAACAGACAGGUUAUCCCACAAUCUACUCAGCCUCAGCAGUAUGGUAGUAGACCUGCUCCUGGACUUGCUCCUACAAUGAGAGCCUGUGCACCCAUACCACAUCCGUACAAAGUUGGAAACACAAGCUCUAAGAUGGGACAGCCCAACAACCCAGUGAGACAACAGGAUUCCAGCUCCAGUGUUAAUUUCAGACAGAACAAAUAUCAAACACCCCUCAGCAGUGAGAGUGCACAAAACAAGCAAACACCUCAUACUGGGUUCUCUCAGAUGGGUCAGCAGUCAUCUUACAAACCGCCUAAUCUCACACAUCAGUAUUCCCAGCAGUCUAGAUCUCUGCCUCAUUAUGUCCCACCACCCAGUGGGCCCUCUGCUCACACAGUGCAGCCACAACACCACUCCUGGAAAUUUACAAAUAGCUUUGGGCCACAGAAUACCCCCUUUGAGGGAAAAAGGAGCACAAAUCAACCUCAGAAUCCACGACACACUCAAACUCAGGUAACAUUUCCAAUGAAGCCGGCCAUUGAGAACUCACUGAGGAUCCUGACUGCGGUUAUCAAUGGCAUGAGACACUGGAGCCAAUUUAAAGACAAAGUCCCAUGCUUAUUUGAGAUAUUUGCUACUCUAGACUCUGCAGUCACACUGGCCCACCAGGAUGGGAAGGAGGUUGUGCAGUGUAUCUUUUAUGAAAAUGAGCAGGAAUUGCCCCGCCUCAUCCGUGGUCAAAUUCAUCGCUGUGUGGGUAACUAUGACCGUAGCAGAGAUGUCCUGAUGUGUGUGUCCGUCAGACCCGGCCUGCCUUCAGAGCUCAGGAACGCCCAGGAGGCUGUCAAAGCCUGCGAUGCUGAAAUGAGGGCCCUGGUCAAAUCACUCAGUGAAGUCUGAGCAUGAAUAGAUAUCUUGAGCAGUGCGAGACUGAUUGGAAGAAUGUACACUAGUAUUUGAUGAGGGUUCAAUUAGGGUUCAUGGGAGCCAAGUCAAGUGCUAUACAGUAAAAGAUAAUUCUUGUUAUGAGUAGAAGUGGUUAUAAAAAGCAUUUUCAAGGUAUUAGUAUAGUUUUUACCUGUAACCUGCUGUUGCCAUGAGUUUGUUGUAUGCAAACAAAAUUAAUUUGUUCUUAAACAGUUUAAUUCUCUUGCAUGUUCUUGUGUAGAUAUUCUUGUAUUUAUUUGUGAAACAAAUAUAAAAAUAAUUGUUUAAUUUAA